CUAGCCUAAAACAUCCAUCACUCUCGUUUAGCGCUUGCCAAUGUCUAGCGUUCAAAAUCCAUAAGUCAUAUAAUUGAGGCCAUGCUGCUGCGCAAUACAGCACCAUUCUUUUGUUCGCAUCACUGGCUGUAAUAUUACUUCAACGCGGUUGAAGUCGUAUCUCCUAAUCCAUAAGAACCCGAGAGGAUAUAUUACAGCAUCGCGAGCAACAAAAGACGAAAGUGGUUCAUGUCAGAAAACGGGAAACUUUCGAGGACUAGGCUAUUUGCCAAAGGAUGGUCCCAAGGAAGAGUUGACACACGAGGCGUGUUUUGUGGAUUUCCCGCCUCCUCACCAACUCAUCUUGCAUGUACUCCUUGUUUUGCUACUGAACGGUCAUUCAGAAUUUCAGACAGUGAUCCCUGCCCAAGAUUAAUUCUGUACGCAAGACACAGCAUACGAUUUUUUCCUGGGAAUGAAUGAUCAUAUUUCCCAACAAUCCUGGCUACGCCCGCCGGAACCUCAAGAGGCUCGGGCUUGCUGUUGCGACUACCCCCGUUCAACUAUACCGGCGCAUAUAGCCAUAUUUUUUACUGCUCCCAUCACAUUCAAAGCCCAUAAUUAUCGACGAGGCGGCAUGCUCACACAUCAUACAGCACCGCCCAGUGUUGCCGAGCUUCCUUUCGCGAAGACUCAAGAGCGCACCGUUGCAGCUGGUGAUCCUGGCCUAGAAAAAGACUUGGUACCUGAUGAAUAUUUCGAUCAGGACCCUGUGUCAAAUCAGCAGUUCUCUUCCAUAGCAGGUCAGACUACUAACUCGGGAGAACAUGGAAUUGCCCGUCGUGUUCUUGCUAGAUUCAAAUGAAUUCCUUUGAGCUAGCAAAAGCACUUGGCCUUUCGUUACGUCCUCAUUCAAAGCCGUGGCAGUCACCUGGAACAUGCAGUACGCAUACAAGUGUCCGUAAUGUUUGCAUAUGAAUGGAAUUGUCGGCUCCAAUAAUGACCCUUACCAGGGGUUUUGAGUCUGGAGGGUAGAAGGCCAGGAAGACCAAUACUUCCCCCUCAUUUCCAUGCAGGAAUUUGAGUGGAAAAGAAUGCAGUUUUGUUGAUGAUACGCUGCACAUGUUACCGAUUUCUACAUAAAACACAAUACAAG